GAAAAAUGUUUUGAAGAAUCAGCCUGUACGAGGUUUGAAUCAACAAAAUUUUUGUUGAAUAUAAUCAACAAAAAAAUGCGUUGAAACCUAGGCUGAAACAAACCUUGAUUUUCUCAAUUUCACAAAAGUCUUUUGUUGUUUUGAAAAAGCUGCUUUGACGUUUAGCGUUGAUUCAACAAAAAUCUUGAUUUUCAAAUCAACAAAACGUUUUGUUGAUUCAAAUAUGCUUUAUUUUUCUGCGUGUACCCACCUUGUUCGACUCGGUUUAGCGUGCACCGCUCAGCAGCUGUCAGCCAACAACAUCAAAACAAAGACCUUUUUUCUGGUUGGCCGUUUGUGAUUGAGCAGGAACAUCAACCCGCAGGAGAUUGCAAGUUUGCAAGCGGUUCUACCGGUGAUCCUUGCCGUGGCCACCUAAAACGAAGUGGCACGUGUUGCCCUCUGCGAACACCCGAACUUGCCAUCACUCCACGUCCCGAUCAUCCUGAAUGCCGACUCGUCCAAACGUUUGCCGCUUAAGGGAUCGAAAGCCGCUACAAAACGGUACCCGCUGGUUCUCGGCAUGUGGGACCUGCUCUACACACUGUGAGAAACGGUCAUCUCGAAGGGCAUCGGCGUCGGUCCACGCAAACCCGGCCUCCACCCGUACGCAACCUUCAGCAGCAACUCCGUCUUCCUGCUCUUCUACAAUCGCAGCUACAAAACCCCGCCGAGAAGUGGAAAAUCGCCGAAAGGUCAACACCAAGUCCGACGUUCUACGUCUCCUCCUGCACAUCAUCGACGAGUCGUCUACCCCGUUCGACAGCUACACGCCCUUCCCAGGCCGGAAGAACCUGGAGGCCACUUCCCCGUACGCACUGCAAAUACUCGAAACGGAAGACUUCUACAACGUGCACUUCACUUUCAACCGCUCGAUCCUGGUUGCCGGCGCCAACAAGCUGCUGCUUAGGCUGAAUCACGCUCCGGCAAGGCCGACCAAAUGCUCAACUGAACGCGUGGCUGCUGGAGAACGCGCUGGUCGCGAUCAUGCGACAGCCAAAAGUGAACCAACAGAUCUAUGAACUGUUUACGCAGGCAGAGCGGAUUACGAACUAGAUCCGACAGGAAUUCGUGUAGUGCUAAGCUGGAGCUUGGUGGCGAUGGAGUGUGGAGUUGGGGAUCAAGGAGGCGAUUGUGGCGUUGCUGGUGGAUUCCCUGACACAGCAAGCGACUCCAAACUUGGCACACUUUCUGCUCGGGUUCGAGCUUAACAUGGAACUCCGGUUGACGAACCUGCUGCAGCCAGGCGUCCUUAACAUCCCCAGCAAUUGCGCGAAAUCCCAGCAAUUGCGCGAAACGUGCUGAACUAGAAUACGGACUUGCUAAAGUGCGUCGCAAUCGAGUUGAAGCUAACCUCCGACAGAAAUCAGGUCGUCUAGAAUGCGCGAAAUCAAGUCCAACACUUCGUCGUCACCGAACAUUUCGUUUCCGGUCCGUCCGAGGCACCAAUUGAUCCUCCUCCUUGUGGUCAUCGAGCAGGACCUCGUCUUGGCAUCCACC